GAAGAAGAAACGGGCGCUCGCUCGGUCUGAGGGGGGUGACGGACGGGUCGAGCGUUUUGUUUCGCUGGUGAAUCCUGCUUGAACGGAGAGCAGGAGACACAACAACCCGACGCACAGCAGCCCGACCAGCCACGGACGAAAGUGCACGGAGGAGCGGGUCAAUACGAAAAGGAACUACGGAGCUUUUGUUUCUCUCUCAACUCCUGCGGGUUUGGGGGCUCCAGCAGCGGCGGCGCAGAAGAUCCCGCUCGCCCAGGGAAGGAGGCUGGAAGUCGGGGACGCUUCCAGCCUGCAGGGCCAGGCGUCGUGGCGAUCGAGUAUCUGGACUUUGGUGAACCCUUAGGGGCUCAGUGGAUGGGAUGGAGCCGGGACCAUCUGGCGCUGUGCCCGUUGGGCCGUACCCUCCGCCCCUGCAGCAGGUGUUUCAGGCGCCCCGCAGGCCCGGCAUGGGCACCGUCGGCAAACCCAUCAAACUGCUGGCAAACUACUUCGAGGUGGAGAUCCCCAAAAUGGACGUGUUUCACUAUGAGGUGGACAUCAAGCCUGAUAAGUGCCCUCGACGGGUCAACAGGGAGGUUGUUGAAUAUAUGGUCCAGCAUUUCAAGCCGCAGCUCUUCGGUGACCGAAAGCCAGUGUAUGAUGGGAAGAAGAACAUCUAUACUGUUUUAGCGUUACCUAUAGGAAGCGAAAAGGUUGAUUUCGAGGUGACGAUCCCUGGCGAGGGGAAGGAUCGAAUCUUUAAGGUGUCGAUCCGCUGGCUGGCGAAAGUGUCCUGGAGGCUCCUGCAGGAGACGCUGGUCAGUGGGCGACUGCAGGUCCCGCUGGAGUCCGUUCAGGCUCUCGACGUGGCCAUGAGACACUUGGCCUCCAUGAGGUACACUCCAGUGGGCCGCUCCUUCUUUUCACCUCCUGAAGGAUACUACCAUCCUCUGGGUGGUGGCAGAGAGGUAUGGUUUGGCUUCCAUCAGUCCGUUCGACCCGCCAUGUGGAAGAUGAUGCUCAACAUUGAUGUAUCUGCAACAGCCUUUUAUAAAGCUCAGCCUGUCAUUGAGUUCAUGUGUGAAGUUCUGGACAUCCGUAACAUUGAUGAGCAGCCCAAGACACUAACUGACUCACAACGGGUCCGGUUCACCAAGGAGAUCAAAGGUCUGAAGGUGGAGGUUACGCACUGUGGUCAAAUGAAAAGGAAGUACCGGGUCUGUAACGUCACACGGCGUCCUGCUAGUCACCAAACGUUUCCUCUACAGCUGGAGAGCGGACAGACGGUAGAAUGCACAGUAGCUCAAUAUUUCAAGCAGAAGUACAACCUGCAGCUCAAGUACCCUCACCUGCCCUGUCUACAGGUGGGACAGGAGCAGAAACACACAUACCUGCCUCUGGAGGUUUGCAAUAUUGUAGCAGGGCAGCGGUGCAUCAAGAAACUGACAGAUAAUCAGACGUCCACCAUGAUCAAAGCCACGGCGCGCUCAGCACCAGACCGACAGGAGGAGAUCAGCAGACUGAUGAAGAACGCUAACUUUAAUCUGGAUCCCUACAUUCAAGAGUUUGGGAUCAAGGUGAAGGACGACAUGACGGAGGUGACCGGCAGAGUCCUUCCUGCCCCAAUCCUGCAGUACGGCGGUCGGAAUCGUGCCAUCGCGACUCCAAACCAGGGUGUGUGGGACAUGAGGGGAAAACAGUUCUACAACGGCAUUGAGAUCAAGGUUUGGGCCAUCGCUUGCUUCGCCCCGCAGAAACAGUGUCGGGAAGAGGUGCUCAAGAACUUCACCGACCAGCUGCGCAAGAUCUCGAAGGAUGCUGGGAUGCCGAUUCAGGGUCAGCCGUGUUUCUGUAAGUACGCGCAGGGGGCCGACAGCGUGGAGCCCAUGUUCAGACACCUGAAGAACACUUACUCUGGGCUGCAGCUCAUCAUCGUCAUCCUGCCUGGAAAAACCCCUGUCUAUGCGGAAGUGAAGCGUGUUGGAGACACUCUUCUAGGAAUGGCCACUCAGUGUGUGCAGGUGAAGAACGUGGUAAAAACCUCCCCGCAGACGCUCUCCAACCUCUGCCUCAAAAUCAACGUCAAGCUCGGCGGCAUCAACAACAUCCUCGUGCCGCAUCAACGGUCAGCAGUGUUUCAGCAGCCCGUGAUCUUCCUCGGGGCAGAUGUUACUCACCCGCCGGCCGGUGAUGGGAAGAAGCCAUCUAUUACUGCUGUUGUUGGCAGUAUGGACGCUCAUCCCAGCAGAUACUGCGCUACAGUCCGAGUCCAGCGGCCCAGACAGGAGAUUAUUGAAGAUCUGUCCUACAUGGUGAGAGAAUUACUGAUCCAGUUCUACAAGUCCACCCGCUUCAAGCCCACGAGAAUCAUCUUCUACAGGGACGGCGUACCAGAAGGACAGCUGCCACAAAUCCUGCACUAUGAGCUGUUGGCCAUCAGAGACGCCUGCAUUAAGCUGGAGAAAGACUAUCAGCCUGGCAUCACUUACAUAGUCGUGCAGAAACGCCACCAUACACGACUCUUCUGCGCUGAUAAAUCUGAACGGAUCGGCAAGAGCGGGAACAUUCCAGCGGGAACUACGGUCGACACCAGCAUCACACAUCCGUUUGAGUUCGACUUCUACCUGUGCAGCCAUGCAGGCAUUCAGGGCACCAGCCGACCCUCACACUACUACGUCCUGUGGGACGACAAUCGCUUCACGGCUGACGAGCUGCAGAUUCUCACCUACCAGCUGUGCCACACAUAUGUGCGCUGCACCCGCUCAGUCUCCAUCCCCGCACCAGCCUACUACGCCAGACUCGUGGCUUUCCGGGCCCGAUACCAUCUGGUGGAUAAGGAACAUGACAGCGGGGAGGGAAGUCACGUCUCUGGGCAGAGCAAUGGUCGAGAUCCUCAAGCGUUGGCCAAAGCGGUGCAGAUUCACCACGACUCCCUGAGGACCAUGUAUUUUGCCUGAAUUAAAUAAAAAAGCGCACGUCUCCGGACACCUCGAGCCAGAACCCCUGGGUGCUAUACCAGUCCAAUGAAGCCCACACAACUGAACACUUUCUUGAGUCUGGCAGAACUAUGCUCUUUUGGUUUUUAUUUAAUUGUGUAUUAUUGUAUACUACCUUCGCACUCCCACAUGUACGUAUGUAUGCAAUACGGAGGGAAGGAACGCAGGCGAACCUGUCAUUUUUGUAUGCCACCACACAGCUGCCUCUGAAGCGUCCGUUCGUCUAGCCGUCCGGGCGCCGCCGUCCAGUGGAGCAAUCCUCGUUUCUUCCGUUUGGCAUUAUUUUUAUUGUUAUUGUAAAAUUCUUUUACAUUUGUAUUAUUUUUGUGUGUGUGAGAGAGAGAGACAUGGUACAUUAGCACUUAGUUUUAGUUGAAACGGCAGCGUUUGCGUGUCGUCUGUGAAGCAGAACGUGAUGAAAACUGUAGCAGUAAUGCAGGAUAUUCCUCCAGCGGUUGUGUUUAGUUAGUUAAAGCGUGGCCUAAUUAGUGUAACGAUAGAUGGACCACUGAGUGCAUUGACUGAGCUGCACUCCUGCAUCAGCAUAACACCGAAACCAGCAUUAUGCACCAGCCAAAAUGUGACGCCAACCGCUCUCAUCUGGAAGACGUGGGUUUGUCUGCACUUGAAUCCUCUGCGCUCCUUUGGAAGAGGAUGAAAUUGUUCACUCCUAAUGCACGUCAAUCUUCCUGAGCUCAAAAGAACACUCCUUUUUUUGGAAAUAGGCUCAUUUUACAGCUCUCCAAGUUUUAAACGGGUGAGUUUUACCAUUUUUGAAUUAUUUUAGCUUAGCUUAGCAUAGAUCAUUGAAUUGGAUUAGACCAUUAGCAACUCACUCAAAAAUGACCAAGUAGUUUGGAUAUUGUCUUUUUUAAAGCUCUCCAAGUGUUAAACGGGUGAGUUUUACCUUUUUUGAAUCUCUUUAGCUGAUUCACUUUUAGCUUAGCUUAGCAUAGAUCAUUGAAUUGGAUUAGACCAUUAGCAUCUCACUCAAAAAUGACCAAAUAGUUUGGAUAUUGUCUUUUUUAAAGCUCUCCAAGUGUUAAACGGGUGAGUUUUACCUUUUUUGAAUCUCUUUAGCUGAUUCACUUUUAGCUUAGCUUAGCGUAGAUAAUUGAAUUGGAUUAGACCAUUAGCAUCUCACUCAAAAAUGGCCAAAAAGUUUGGAUAAUUGUCUUGUUUAAAGCUCUACUAGUGUUAAACGGGUGAGUUUUACCAUUUUUAAUGCCUUUAGCUGAUCCACUUUUAGCCUAGAAUUAGCAUAGAUCACUGAAUCGGAUUAGACCAUUAGCAUCUCACUCAAAAAUGACCAAAUAGUUUGGAUAUUGUCUUUUUUAAAGCUCUCCAAGUAUUAAACGGGUGAGUUUUACCGUUUUUGAAUCUCUUUAGCUGAUUCACUUUUAGCUUAGCUUAGCAUAUAUCAUUGAGUUGGAUUAAACCAUUAGCAUCUCACUCAAAAAUGGACAAAUAGUUUGGAUAUUGCCUUUUUUUAAAGCUCUCCAAGUGUUAAACAGGUGAGUUUUACCAUUUUUGAAUCGCUUUAGCUGAUCCGCUUUUAGCUUAGCUUAGCAUAGAUCAUUGAAUUGGAUUAGACCAUUAGCAUCUCAGUCAAAGAUGGCCAAAUAGCUUGGAUAUUGUCUUACUUAAAGCUCUCUAAGUGUUAAGCGGGUGAGUUUUAUCAUUUUUGAAUUCCCUUAGCUGCCUCACUUUAGCCUAAUUUAGCAUACAUCAUUGAAUCAGAUUAGACCAUUAGCAUCUCAGUCAGAAAUGACCAAAUAGUUGGGAUAAUUGUCUUACUUAAAGUUUAACUCUUUUGUAGAUACAUUGUGUGCUAAAUUAAUGAUGGAAAAUGAUAAGUUGUUGUUUUCUGUGUAAUAUCAUAGCGCUGCUGUGCCCAUGGUAUGGUAACAAAGUUCCUUGAUUAAAAUGCCGGAAUGAGAGUAUAGUUCUUAGCCAAAUCAGUAUAGAAAAUAGCAACUUUUAAUUUUCUGUUGGUCCUACAUUAAGUAACUACAGAAGAUUCCAGCUUUAAAAAGGAAAAAAAUCUAAAAUCUUUGUUUAUUUUUGAGUUAGAUGCUAACGGUCUAAUCCGAUUCAAUGAUCUAUGCUAAGCUAAGCUAAAAGUGCUCCCGGCAAACCAGGAGAUUGGCUGAAUGGUUUCAAAAAUGGUAAAACUCAAUAGUUUAACACUAAGGGAGUUGUAAAAUGAGCCUAUUUUAUUUUUAAAAAGUGGAGUGUUCCUCUAGAAGAAUAGUUCACCCAA